CUUUUUUUCUUCAAUCAGUAUCUGAUGGGGGAUUCUUCCAAGUUCAGUCGGUGCAAAAAUCUUCAGAGGGAGUUGCAGAGAGAAUUCAUGAUGAAGCUACACUGCAACUGCCUUCCCCCUUAUGACACUAGCUGUCACAUUCUGCAUAAAUGCUUUCAAAGAAAUGCUGUAUACAGCCCAAGACCAAGCACCAUCUUUAGAAGUCACAGAUCAAGAUACAGUUAAGCGAUACUUUGCCAAGUUUGAAGAGAAGUUCUUCCAGUGUUGUGAAAAGGAACUUGCCAAAAUCAACACAUUCUAUUCAGAAAAGCUUGCUGAGGCUCAGCGUAGAUUUGCUACACUUCAGAAUGAGCUGCAGUCAACACUUGAGGUGCAGAUGGACCGCAAUGCAGUUUCUAACUUACGCCAACGGAGGACUGUGUUCCCACUCUCCCAUAAGGAACGUGUGCAGCAUAGGAACAUUCGUGACCUGAAGUUAGCUUUCAGUGAGUUCUACCUCAGCCUGAUCCUGCUCCAGAACUACCAGAAUCUGAAUUUCACCGGUUUUCGAAAGAUUCUGAAAAAGCAUGAUAAGAUGCUGGAGACAAGCCGUGGUGCUGACUGGAGAGUGGCACAUGUAGAGGUGGCUCCAUUCUAUACCUGCAAGAAAAUCACCCAGCUCAUCAGUGAGACAGAGGCUCUUGUUACCGCAGAAUUGGAAGGAGGUGACAGGCAGAAAGCCAUGAAGAGGUUACGAGUCCCACCCCUUGGAGCUGCUCAGCCAGCCCCAGCGUGGACCAUAUUCAGAGUGGGAAUGUACUUCGGAAUUUUUGUUGUACUGCUUGCAGCUCUGUUACUCAUAGCUAAAUCAAAAGAAGGGAAUAUUUGGCCUUUGGUGCGUAUUUACCGUGGUGGAUUCUUGCUGAUCGAGUUUCUCUUUCUGCUUGGCAUCAACACAUAUGGUUGGCGGCAGGCUGGAGUGAACCACGUGCUAAUCUUUGAACUCAACCCCAGAAGCAAUCUGUCCCAUCAACAUCUCUUUGAGAUUGCUGGCUUCCUGGGAGUCCUUUGGGGCUUGAGUCUGUUCAUCAGUUUGUAUGGGUCUAACAACUUAAUUCCAAUGCAGGUCAACCCUCUCAUACUGUAUGGGUUCAUGUUCCUGUUUCUCAUCAAUCCCACAAAAACCUGCUACUAUAAGUCUAGAUUCUGGUUGUUAAAGCUCCUGUUCAGAGUCUUCACAGCUCCAUUCCACAAAGUAGAGUUUGCAGAUUUUUGGCUGGCCGACCAGUUGAACAGCUUGGCUACAAUCUUGAUGGACCUGGAGUACAUGAUCUGCUUUUAUAGCUUUGAACUGAACUGGAGCUUGAGUGAAGGACUGCUCAGUGCUCCAGGUGAUAACGUGUGCCACAGCUACUCCUAUGGAGUAAGAGCCAUCAUCCAGUGUCUGCCUGCGUGGGUACGCUUCACCCAGUGCCUGCGCCGUUACCGAGACACCAAGCGAGCGUUCCCUCAUCUAGUCAAUGCUGGGAAGUACUCAACCACCUUCUUCGUGGUGACCUUUGCUGCUCUCUACAGUACACACAAAGAACAGAAACACGAAGACGCAUUGGUUUUUCUCUACCUAUGGAUCGCCUGCUUGUUGAUCAGCUCCUGUUAUACUCUCACUUGGGAUCUGAAGAUGGACUGGGGUCUCUUUGACAAAAAUGCUGGAGAGAAUACUUUCCUGCGUGAAGAGAUAGUUUACCCUCAGAAAAGUUAUUACUACUGUGCCAUUAUAGAGGAUGUCAUCUUGCGAUUUGCUUGGACUGUGCAGAUUUCCAUUACCUCAAUGAGUACAUUUGCUUCAGCGGGAGAUAUCAUUUCUACAGUGCUGGCCCCACUGGAGGUCUUCCGGCGGUUUGUGUGGAAUUUUUUCCGACUAGAGAAUGAACAUCUGAACAACUGUGGUGAAUUCCGUGCUGUACGUGAUAUCUCAGUGGCUCCCCUCAAUGCUGACGACCAGACUGUCCUGGAGCAGAUGAUGGAUCUUGAAGAUGGAGUACGGAACCGGCAGAAAAACAGAGUGUGGAAACGCACUUAUAGCAUCUCUCUGCGUAAAACUCUAGUGAGGCCCCGUGAUGCAGCCGUGUUAAUCGAAGACACAGAUGAUGAAGCAUACACAUGAAAGUCAGCACCGAACAGCCAUUGUCCUUCACACGUUCCAGUUCUACCAGGCACUGAACACAAUCUGCCACUCUGCGUGGCAACAGACUCAAUUCCAUUUAUCCCCUUUGAUUUACUACAUUAAUUUAAACUGAUAUUAAAAAAGCAGUAUAAAGAACAAUUUUACAAACAACAGCAAAACAUAUCCACAAGGAUCAAAUCAAACAGAACAGACUCUGUGCUGGAAAAUACCAAUUUUUUUUCAUUUUGUCUUGUUAUUUUUUUCCUUCUCUCUCAGGCUCAGUAUAGCUAGGGCUGGUUUAAGCUGGUUUAAACUGGUUUAUUCACUUCUUUCUGACCAGCUCAUGGCCCUGGUUGCACUUGCAGGGAAAGUGCACUUAAUUGUACUUCCUACGUGAAGUUAUUGUGUUUAAAAAUAUAUUCAUUUUGAUAUGCAUUUGUUCUGUUCCAAUCGGAAAUGUUCAUAUUAUUUAUGAAAGAAACUUGUGUCCUGUAUAUUGAUGCAGAAGUUAGUGUCAAUGUUCGUUGAACUUUUAUUUUGUGUUUCAGUCAAUGAUUAGCUUUCUCUUGCAAGAAAGCAAAACCUCCUUAUUAAGAGCACUUCAAAGCUUUCGAGGUGGUAGUUCCUGCAGAGCUGUCAAACACAGAAGUCCUGCAUCCAACACAGACCACCAGGCUACAUUCCACUGACACAGGUUACCAUGACAGGCUGGUUUCUUUCAAAGUAUACAGGUGCCACAAAGUCUUUGUAUUUCUCAUAACUCAUAUCUGCAGCCAGUAGCGUCAAAGUCUAGUGCAAAGAAAUUAUCUGUUGUCCAUCGAAGAAACUUUACUGUUUACAUAUCCCAGAAACUGGUUGGGAGUUUCAUAGGACAUUCAGCAGGAAUAAUCUGUUCCUUUUUUUUUUGUUGACUAAAGUUUGAAUGUCAAGUGAUGGAUUUCCUCAGCGCAUCUAUUCAGUGGGAUUUCCAUCUUGCUUUUCAUUUCUUUGUACCCAUUUCUAUAAGCUGCCACCGUGUUCAAUGCACCCCAUCCACCGUAGUGUCUGGAAUGUUGAUUGGUGCAAUGAAGAUUUUCCUGGGAACGAUGAGUUCAAGGAACUAAUGAUGCCAAUGUUUCAGAAGCUGCCCUUCCUCUCCGUUCCCUUGAAAUUGUGCACGCUGCGGUUUCUCCAGUAAUGUAGGCUCAUGGCAGUUUGAGUGUCACGUCACCUCACAGGUAGAUGCUUCAGUGGAGCCACCUUAAGGUUCAGUUCAAUCAGCCAACACCAAGGUCAGCAGAGAGAUUUCAAUGCAGUGGGUUGUUUUGAAGAGACAUCCUUCUGUUACCUGUGCCAAUGGCCUAGACUUCACUGAUAUUGCAAAUCAGUGUGAAAGUUUGCAGUAGUGAAUUUGGGGAUUACUCAUUGAUCACCUUGUCAUAUUCUGAAUUCAUUCUGUCUACUUGAUCUUAACAGGGAUUUCUGUUUUUUUAAUGUAUUGAUAUCGCUAGAUUGGGAUAUUCAGGACAUGCCUUCUAAUAAUGAUUCUCUUCUGACACAGCCUUAAGAGGGCUCCAUUGUAACAAAGAACUCAUGAUCCUAGGCAUGCACAAAGGAGGGCAGGGUAAGGACAGGCCUGGGCAUGAAUAUUAAGUCCCUUUCUGUCUCCUGGCUGAGACUGAUAAACAGAGGUUUACAAUUUGUUGCAGAUGCCAAAUAUUGGGGGAAGACUUCAGUGUAGAGAAGCUCUGAGUUUGGCUCGCUUGGAUGCAGGACUGCCUUCCAUAACAGAGUGUAGCUUAGCACAAUCACUUGGUCCUGGAAGUUGAAGCAAAUGUAUGAGCCUUGGAUAUGAUCAAAGUUUUUGGUAAAUGAUUCAUUCAUAGUUAAAAUAAUGGCAAAAAAUCUUUCACUGGUACAAAUUCACGAUAUUCACCCUUCAUUUUAUACAGAAUUUCACAUUCCUGUUGUCUUCUGUUAAUAAAAUGUACAGAAAAUG